AAGAAAUAUAGAUACAUGUCAACACCAGAGAAUUUAUGCUCAGCAUUCCCUCUCCCGGAGUGUUGUACUCCCAGUUUAACACGACCUACAUGGCCGUUUAUGGUUUGUUAUGUUCCAGACAUGAGUUGUUAUUUAUAGGCACGCCGUCUCCCUCCUCCUCGUCGAGACAGUGGUUUCGACCGAUCCCUCUCUGUCAGUUUCAAGUUGCGCCUUCUUCUCCGCUCUCAUCUGGCCUCAAUGCCCACGAAGUAACAGACACCCACUGUGGAUUUGGGUUUUUUUUAUUUAUUUAUUUAUUAUUACUUGUCCUUACACAUGGAUUCAUCCCCGUCACACGCGAUUGGAUUAUAAACACGCGGGAUUCAAAGAAUGAAGAUGCCUGAGGCUGGAAGUUAAAGCUCCCCACCAGAGAGAUCCAGUGCUGGGGCUGGACCCAAAGACCCCUGCCUGGGGGGUGUAGGGCCCUCACAGCCCUACGAGAGUCUGGACCAUGGGGGAUGGAGGCGGCGGCGUGGCUGGAAGAGAUGGGGUGAACCCGUCCCAUGUCCUGUUUGACAGCUUCGUCCAGGCGUCCACAUGUAAGGGCACCCUCAAGGCUUUCCAGGAGCUGUGUGACCACCUGGAGGUCAAGCCCACCGAAUCCAGGAUCUUCUACCACAAGCUCAAGUCCAAACUCAACUACUGGAAGGCCAAGGCGCUCUGGGCCAAGUUGGACAAGAGGGCCGGCCACAAGGAGUACAAAAAGGGCCGCGCCUGUGCCAACUCAAAGUGUCUGAUCAUUGGCGCGGGGCCAUGUGGCUUACGUACGGCCAUCGAGCUGGCUUUCCUGGGGGCCAAAGUCGUGCUUCUGGAGAAAAGAGACGCCUUCUCCAGAAACAAUGUGCUGCACCUCUGGCCCUUCACCAUCCAGGACCUCAGGGGCCUCGGGGCCAAGAAGUUCUACGGGAAAUUCUGCGCUGGUGCUAUCGACCAUAUCAGUAUUCGUCAGCUUCAGCUAAUGCUGCUAAAAGUGGCGCUCCUGGUCGGCAUUGAGAUCCAUGUCAACGUGGAGUUCAAGGGUCUUAUCGAACCCCCUGAAGACCAGGAGAGUGAAAGGAUAGGCUGGAGGGCUGAGGUCCACCCCAAGACCCACCCUGUCAGCGAGCUGGAGUUUGAUGUCAUCAUUGGAGCGGAUGGAAGGAGAAACACUCUACCAGGGUUUCGGCGCAAGGAGUUCCGGGGCAAGCUCGCCAUUGCCAUCACCGCCAAUUUCAUCAACAGGAACACGACAGCAGAGGCGAAGGUUGAGGAGAUCAGCGGCGUGGCCUUCAUCUUCAAUCAGAAGUUCUUUCAAGACCUCAGAGAAGCGACAGGUAUUGACCUGGAAAACAUUGUCUACUACAAGGACGACACGCAUUACUUUGUGAUGACUGCCAAAAAACAGAGCCUGCUGGAGAAAGGAGUCAUUCUGCAUGACUACGCAGACACGGAGCUCCUUCUGUCCAGAGCUAACGUAGACCAGGCUGCUUUGCUGUCUUACGCGCGGGAGGCUGCCGAUUUCUCCACCAACCACCAGCUGCCCACGCUGGACUUCGCCAUCAACCACUACGGCCAGCCCGACGUCGCCAUGUUCGACUUCACCUGCAUGUACGCCUCGGAGAACGCCGCCAUGGUGCGCCAACGCAACGGCCACAAGCUGCUGGUGGCGCUGGUGGGCGACAGUCUGCUCGAGCCCUUCUGGCCCAUGGGCACCGGCAUUGCGCGAGGUUUCCUGGCAGCCAUGGACUCGGGCUGGAUGGUGAAGAGUUGGGCUCAGGGUAAAACACCUCUGGAGGUGUUGGCUGAGAGGGAGAGCAUAUACCGCCUUCUGCCUCAGACCACACCGGAGAACGUCAGUAAGAACUUCAGUCAUUACAGUGUGGAUCCAACCACGCGCUACCCCAACAUUAGCCUUAAUUUCCUCAGGCCCAGCCAGGUGCGGCACCUCUUCGACACGGGGGAGUGCAGGGAAAUUCGCAUCGAAAUUGAGAACGUGAUCAACUCGUCAACGCCCAAACUGGCCAGGAAUGACAAUUGCCUGCUUGACAAGCAAUUGCAAGAAUCCAUAGCUCGAUCCAGUAAACUGCUCAACUGGUGCCAGAGGCAGACGGAGGGAUACAGGAAUGUUAACGUCACUGACCUUACCAUGUCUUGGAAGAGCGGACUGGCCCUGUGUGCCCUCAUUCACCGAUACAGACCGGAUCUGAUUGACUUCGACUCUCUGGAUGAGCGAGAUCAGGAGAAGAACAACCAGUUGGGUUUUGACGUGGCCGAGAGGGAAUUUGGCAUCUCGCCGUGCAUGACUGGCAAGGAGAUGUCUUCUGUGGUGGAGCCAGACAAGCUCUCCAUGGUCAUGUACCUCAGCCAGUUUUAUGAGAUGUUUAAGGACACAGUGCCACCCGGAGAUAACCACAACUUGAGUCCAGAGGAGAAGGCUGCGUUGAUAAACAGCACCAAGUCUCCCAUCUCCUUCCUCAGCAAGCUGGGUCAGAGCAUAGCGAUCUCCAGGAAACGAAACCCCAAGGACAAAAAGGAGAAGGACGUGGACGGUUUGGGGAAGAGACGGAAGACCAGCCAGUCGGAGGAUGAGGAGGCGUCCAGGAGCGGCCGGGACGAGAAGCCGUCUGUUCCCUCCGUCCUGUCGGAGAGAAAGAUGGAUUCUGCCGCUGUGGGGAACCACAACAAAGUGAAGGUCAUGGCCACCCAGCUGCUCGCCAAGUUCGAGGAGAACGCCCCGGCCCAGCACACAGGCCUCAAAAGACAGGGGGAGUCUCUGCCCAAUCUGGACCGCCUCUUGCCCCCUACCCCGCCACAAACCCAUGCGAAUGAGCCAGUGCGCCUGGCACCUGUCCCGGCGUGGAGAAAGGCCAGAAGUGGCGCGGACCAACUGUCUAUCUCAGCCUCUCGGAGCUGCCCAAAGAAAACUAUUCUGCUCCCUUCCUCCUCCUCCACUUCCUCGCUCUCUCUUCACUCAGAGCAUAGACAUAAAAUCCCAGAGGAAGAGGAACUUGAAUACUACGAGAGACCUCUGACACACAGGGAGUGGGACCCCCUGCAGCCGACCGACCCGGGGCCCAUUCGCAUACCUGGUAUACAGGAGCGGGCCGAGCGCCUGAUCUCCAGGUUUAAGGGCAAACCGAACAAGCCUCCAAAGCCGAAGAAAAAGCCGUCCCGUUUCUUUUUAGAGCAGUGGCACUUGUCCCGAGGGCUUGCUGGGAGUCCUGGUUCACCGCUGUCCUCUCCUGAGUCUUCCAGAAAGGAGCCAACAAGGCCUCUGGGCUCUGAUGACCAAAUGCCCUUAUAUGUGCUUAGUAUUCAGGAGAGGGCUGAGCAACUUGCCUCUCAAUUUGAGAGCAAGCCAGCGAGACCACAGCCUAAGAAAAAGCCCUCGCGUUUUUUUAUGGAACAGUGGCACCUGGCCCGAUCCCAGAGCCCCCCCGACUCCCCCGCUUCCACCUCUGACGCCUUGAGACAGCGCUAUGUAAGGAUGUACACAGGGGGAGUUAGCUCGCUGGCUGUGCAGAUAGCCAGUCAGCUUCAAUCUGAGGAAGGCCCCAAGCUCCCGCACGUUCCUGAAAGGAGGGAUCUGGGCUCCCUCAGAAAAGAGUUCCCCGUCAACAUCGGAGGCAGCGACGUUUGCUUCUUCUGUCGAAAGCGCGUGUACGUGAUGGAGAGGUUGAGCGCGGAGGGGAAGUUCUUCCAUCGCAGCUGCUUCAAGUGCGACUACUGCGGCACAACGCUGCGACUCUCCUCAUACGCCUUCGACGUGGAGGACGGGAAAUUUUACUGCAAGCCCCACUACUGUUACCGUCUGUCUGGAUAUGCUCAGAGGAAGAGGCCUGCUCCCUCUCCUGCUCCAAUCACAGCCAAGGAGAACCAGGCGCCCCAAACUCCCACGGCGACCGUAGACGCCCCCUGCAGGACGAUGGCGGCAGCGGGCCCCGCGGCCGAGCUCCAACCCUCAGUCCCGGAAGUGAACGGCGUGCAGGAGCCGAGCCUCCCCAAGCGGCUGCGUGGGACUCCAGAGCGCAUCGAGCUGGAGAACUAUCGGCUGUCCCUGCAGAGGGAGGAGGAGCUGGAGGAGGUGCCAGAGGAGACGCUGGCGGAGCAUAACCUCAGCAGCGUCCUGGACAAGGGCACGGACGCCGACUUGGGCUCCAGCAGCUCAGAGUCGGACAUGGAGGAGGAGGACGAGCAGGAGGAUCAGGAGGAGGUGGAGGAGGUGGAGGAGGUGGAGGAGCAGCCUCUCAGCCCUUCGGACCUCGGCGGCGUCCCCUGGAAGGAGGCGGUGGAGCUCCACGCCAAGCUGAGGGGCGAGGAGGGAGAGGACGAAGCUCUGGUCGACGUGGUCGGCAGAGACGGCGAGGUGGACGAUGUGGACGAGGUGGACGAGGAGGAGGAGCAGGAGGACGAAGAGGAGGAGGAGGAGGAGGAGGAAGAGGAGGAAGAGGAUGAGGAGUCCAGCGAUGAGGGGGAUUACUGCCCCUGGGAUAGAGAGCUCCAGUCAGGCCUUUGGCUGGAGAAGUACCUUAAAGAUGAAGAGGAUGUUGGUACAUUUAAAGCCAAGAACCUGCAAAUCCAACAAAUCCUGCAGCCUGUGGAUCCCUUCGCCAUUCCAGGUUUGGUGAGAACACACCUGGACUCUGAGGGAGAGAAGGAUGGCCAGCUGGCCUCGGCCUCCCAGCUCUCCCACCCCUCUGAGCUCACGCAGCCCUCCUCCACAGCCCCCGCCCACACAUCCGCCCGACACGAGGCAGUGAGAGUCUGGUUGGAGUCCAUGUCUGGAGAGCCCUGUGAAGAUGAAGGACUAGAAGCAGAAGCAGACAGUCCCGAUAUGGAGCCCGGUACAGAGAUGGAUCAGGAUGACAUCCCUUCGGAUGCAGAAGCGGAGGCUCGUUUGCACCAAGUAGAGCCAAACGAAGAACUUCCCGAAGAAGACGAGAAAUCACGAGAAAGUCCGGGUUUGGCCUCUAGUAUCGAAGCAUCCAGUGUGAGCCCCGUGCAGAAAGAAGAUCCUGUUCUAUCCCCUCUCAAACCACCUACAGAGCCUGAAACACAGAUAACUCCGGCGAUGUCUCCUGGCACCCGCUUCUUCGCGGAUCCUUUCAUACCCGAUGAAAGAAAGCCUGAGAAGACGACCUUAUCUCCACUCGCCAGGAGUCCGCCGUGCACUUCACCUGCUCCCGUCCUGGAUCCUUCUUCCCCUGCUCCGCCUGCGGAGUCUCCUCUGGAGAUUCCUGCGUCUGCCUCAUCUCCUCCAGCCUCACCCACCAAGUCAUCUGUUACCUCCCCGGUCAAGCCAACCCACGAGCCGCCGGUUAGAUCGCCGAUCACGUCACCUGUUGUCUCGCCGAUCUGCUCCCAGCCCACCCCCUUACCAGAGACUCGCACGCCUAAGUCCCCGGUCUUCCCCCACCGCUCCAUCUGCCCUCUCACCGGAAACCCUCUCUCCCCAAUCUGCGCCCAGCCGUUGCCCUGUCAGGAGCCCUCGUCGCCCCUUGCCUCCGAUUCUCCCGUCAGAACCCAGCCCGUCCCCGCCGUCACUUCGACUCCCGUGGCCAAACCCGACACGGCCGCGCCUUCGCAGUCCGCCGACUCCUCGACGGAAGACACUCCGUCGAAAAAGACAGACAUCAUCGAGGAGUUUUGGUUGAAGAGCGCUGAGAUAAGGAAGAGCCUCGGCCUUUCUCCUUUGGACCGCAGUAGCAAAAUCUUAGAGAGGACAGUUGCUAAGACUCCAACGCAGGACUCCACCCCGGUCACGACGCACGUGACGCCGGACGUGUCCGAGGACCAGAAGCCUGCCUUCGCCGGCCGAGCCGUCAUCCGCAGGCUCAACAUCACCCUCGAGGGUCAGGUCAUCACUCCCAUCGCUCCGGCGGAGGCUAAAAGCGAAGGCUCCGAUAGGAGAGACAUCAGCAGCAGCUCGGGACUGGGCCUGAAUGGCAGCAUGGUCACGAGCCAGACUGCGAACAGCGACAGCUACAACACGUCCGACUCGGCCAUGCUCACCCCGCCGUCCAGUCCGCCGCCGCCCGUGCCUGCUAAUCAGUCUCCGGCCGUGCUCAGGCAGCAGAGACACCAGGUCGCCUGGAGCAACGGGACGGAAAAACUCCCGCCUGAGCGUGCCAAAGAGCCAGAGAAACCCAAGACUCCUGUUCCUGCGCCCAGAACCCAGCUGAGCCCCGCGUCUAUGCCCAAACCCGCCCCUCGGAAAAUCUCCUCGCCUCAAGCAACCCCGGAAACGACUCCAGCGGUCGUCAUGAGGGAGAAGAAGAAGCCUCGGCCGCAAGAGGUGAGGAAAUCCUUCGUGGAGACCGUGGAGGAGAUUCCGUUCGCCGACGACGUGGAGGAGACCUACGACGAGCGGACGCCAGAAACGAGCAUGGACAGGUAUUAUACUCCACCCACUAGCAAACCCAGCAGGGAAAAGCCUCCUCUGCAUCUGGCGCUAGCCAUGGAGAACGGUAAACCCAACAUCCCCGUCAGCGCAGCCUCCAAGACCCAGAGGGCAACUCAAUUCUCUCCGGAGGCCAAGGAGAUAGCCGAGGAGAGAAUGAGGGCCAGAGAAAAGUCUGUUAAAAGCCAGGCUCUGAAAGACGCUAUGAGCAAGCAGCUGAACAAAAUGAAAGAGUCUGAGAUGGACAAGGGUGCCUCGCCCAAAGUGGCCUGGAGUGUGACCCCGGAUGUAGCCGGAGGAAAGGGCAAAAAGUCCGCCGCGUCUCCGAAGACGUCGGCCGUGAAAGCUCUGGAGUCGAAGAAGGUGGAGGUUCUGCCCGAGCGCUUCUUCAGCGGCAACAAGAGCCUGGACAGCUCGGUGGCCUCGUCCGACGGCUCGUCUGCGAGCAAGAGCAAGAAGCGGAGCUCCCUCUUCUCGCCGCGCAAGAACAAGAAGGAGAAAAAAGCCAAAAACGACAGCGGCAGGCUCUCCGGCGCCGACGAGACGCCGCCCAAGCACAAGUCGCUGUGGAAGGCAGUGUUCUCGGGGUACAAGAAGGACAAGAAGAAGAAGGAGGAUAAGUCGUGUCCGAGCACGCCGUCGUCCAGCUCCACCACUCAGGACUCGGGGAAGAAGAAGGCGUCACCUCUGAGCAGAUCUUCCGACUUGAAAUCUCGCAGAAACUUGAGCUUCUCCGAGGACUCAGACCUCUCCUGUGACGACGUUCUGGAGAGAUCCUCCCAGAAGUCGAAGGCAGAUCGGCACGGGGACAUCUUUGACCUAGUGUCAGGCAUCCAGAAGGAGGCAAUAAAGGAGGAGAGGCUGGAAAAGGAGAGGAGGAGGGAGUUGAAGGAUAAAAAGAGGGUGAAAGAGAGGCAUAAAGAAAGGGAGCGGGACGCGGAGGUUGAGCGGGAAAAGGAGAAAGGCGAUGAGGAGUCUGUAUAUGUCCCUCACGCACUGGCGUUCAAGAGAUCGUACGCCACGAAGAAAACCUACACGGAGGAAGAGCUGAACGCUAAGCUGACACGCAGAGUCCAGAAAGCUGCGCGACGACAAGCCAAGCAGGAGGAGCUCAAGAGGUUGCACAGAGCCCAGAUCAUCCAGAGACAGUUGGAGCAGGUGGAGGAGAAGCAGAGGCAGCUGGAGGAGAGGGGUGUAGCUGUGGAGAAAGCUUUGAGAGGAGAAGCAGGGUUGUAUAAAGGUACUUAUACAUUACCCAAACAGCACAAAAGAAGAUCAGACUAUUGGGGAGAUUCUAAUUACAGUGAAAUCCUGGACUUGCAUCUGGGCGGUAUGGGUAAAAAGGACGAUCCCAAACUGAUGCAAGAGUGGUUCAAGCUGGUGCAGGAGAAAAACGCCCUGGUCCGCUAUGAGUCAGAACUCAUGAUAUUCGCCAGAGAGCUGGAGCUGGAGGACAGACAGAGCCGACUGCAGCAGGAGCUCAGGGAGCGAAUGGCUGUGGAAGACCACCUGAAAACGGAGAAGGAGCUCGCUCAGGAGAAGCAGAUCCUGAACGAGAUGUUGGAGGUGGUGGAGCAGCGCGACGCCCUCGUGGCCCUCCUGGACGAGCAGAGGCUUCGGGAGAAGGAGGAGGACAAGGACCUGGAGGCCGUCAUGCUCUCCAAGGGAUUCAGCCUCAACUGGGCCUAACAAGGGAGGGAAAAAAAAAAAAAAAAAAAAGUUUUGGGAAAUGAGCACGACUUUGUCACGGGCGUCCUCCUCCUCGCCAGGUCUGCCGACGCUCGCCGACACGGGCGGUCGGUGUAAAACUGUCACACCUGCAGCAGUGAAUGUGUAAAGAACCCCCCCCUCCCCGACUCGACACACACACUACGGCCGCCUCUGACGCUGGAGCAGUGUGCAGCGUUUACAUAUCUUCAGGCUCUAGUCUGAGUUAAUCACUUGGUAGUUCUGCCUGCUCUGCCUCUCUGUGGGUGGACAGGCGAGCGCGUUCACGACUUUAUCGUCCCCGGCCUUCGAAGCGGAUCAUCUCGAGCUAAGGGGGUGAGUGGGGUGCUUUCGGGGAAUGUUUAAAGACUCAAAUAUUUAAAGGGAAGAGUGCAGUUCGGGUCCUGCUGAUGUAAAGCGACUGUAAAAAAAAAAAGAAAAAUCUGUGUUUCUGUGUAUAGUUGUGUAGGACGUGUCACAUAUUCAGCAGACGAGGGUCCUGUCAUUUCCACUACAGACUGUUAGAGAGGAAUGUGAAACAGAGUCUCCAGGCUCGGCCUGACCGGACGGAUCCAUCCUCUGAAGCAGCAAACACACUUCCGCAUCCUCAUGAACCACAAACAUGCCAUAAAAAAAAAAAGCUCCGCGCUAUUUCCCCUACAGCUUGUUUAGUGAGUCGACGCUAAGAAUUCAUUAAAUAUGGCCAUGGGUUUUUUUUUUUUUUUUUUUUUUUUUAUGUAUUUAUUAUUUUUGUUUGCUUUUAACAGUUUUUUUCUUUUUUUUUUUUUUGCAUUCACAGGAGAGUGCCCAGAAUCUCAUUAUCUUGCACUUGUGCGUUGCUCCCGUGCACUCAUAAGCCACUGCACGUCAGGAGCAGAGGCUGCAGGCACAUAGAAAAAGUUUGUCUUUGAAACCUAGGACGUCGAGGACAGACUUGACUUUUGAGUGUGAACAUUUAUGCGUUUUCCUCGAUGAUGACGGGCCGCUCCGUGAGACGCCGCUCACUGUACGUGACACUGACGGUUUACAGAUCCUUACUCAUGUUCAAUGUAAUAUUUUAACGGUUCCUGCUACGAGUAAACAGCAAAGCGAGUUAACACGCGAAAAGGGUUCUUGUUUUAACAGUGUCAUGUUCUUAAUGGAUCACUGCUGUUAACGGGAGAUCAUAUCACUCAAUUUGUGCCACAGGACUGUCUCCGCUACCAGUAUCUAAGGACUACGCCACACACACACUACGGGACAAUAAAUGGCAGUGUUAAUACUUCACCUUUGAACGAGAUGCCUUUUUUUCAUUUUCAUUCUUCUUGAAUUAUAGUUUAGUUUAGCUGUUUUUCUCCACUCCAGAUACUUUUAUAUCACACAGAAAAAACCCAAACGGAUCAUUUAAAACGGGGCAAAGUGCUUUACGAGCGAUUUGCAUCAACCACUUUUAUCUGGUGGCUCAAGUAACAGCAGUAAAACCCCUCUGUUUUACAGCACAGAAACACUAGAGGCUAUAUUUAUGACUUAUGGUAUGAGCUGUGAAUAAGAGAAACGAAGUUACAUAACUUUAAGGGUCGUUUGUUUUAGAUGGCGUGUGAUGCGUUUGACACGAUUGUAUUGAUAUUUAUUAACAUGUGUGCAAAUUGUAUUAUAUGUAUAAAAAAAAACAACAAAAAAAAUUGAAUCCUAAUUUUUAAACUGUUCGGUUGACACAUGACUUGUAAUGUAAAUGCUUCAUGUAGCUGAGACGCAUAGGGGUGUUGGAUGUAUGCUGAAGACGGCAAUAAAACAAUGCAGUUGUUCUUUUCA